AUGAGUGACGCUGCUGGUGCGUCUACUAGUACAAAUUCAAAAAAAUCGAAUUCUUCCAUAUCAUCAAAUAAAAAACGUACUUUAUCUGAUGCUGGUCUUGAUGAUACAGCUGAAAGUGAUAGUCAAAAUAAUGGUAAACGUGUUGUAGUCUUUGAACCAUUCAAAUUAAUUGAUGUACAAUGUGCUGAAGAACUUGAUGCAAAACUUUUACUUAUUCAAAAUAAAAAAUUAUUUGAAUGUGUACAAAAUUGUCGUAAAGCAGAAGUUGAAUGGAAAUCUAAGAUUGAUCAAUUAGAAACAAAUAAAGCUAGUGUUGAUUGUAAAUGGAGUAUGAUCGAUCUUUAUUGGACACAACUUGAUGAAAAUAUUCGUCGAUUACUCGAACGAUUUGAUGCAACAACAUCAACAGAUGGAAAUAAUGAAUCAUCAUCAUCAUCAUUAACAAAUGAUUCAACUACAUCAAAUAGUAACACAACAAAUAUAAUAAAUUCAAAUACAAAUAAUGAACGACAAGGUGAAGAAAUUCGUUCAUAUAUUCAUCAAUUAAAUACAUGGUUACGUGAAGAUCUUGAUGAACAUCUUAAACAACGUUUAGAUUUUUCUACCAAAGCUAUUGUUAAACUUGUACGAGUUUUUGAUAAUUUAAUCGAUAAAUUUCAACGGUUAUUUACUUCAAUCAAUUCUUCAUCAUCUACCGGUGAAACGAAUUCAAUUCCUGAAUGUACAAAUGAAGGUUAUAAAGCUGUUUUGGAACGAAAUGCAGAUCUUGAACGUGAAAAUGAUCGAAUUCAACGAUUAAAUACAACUUUACAAAGUCGUAUUCAUGAAAUAACUCUUCGAUGUUCAGAUUUAAAUAAUCAAUUAGUUCUUCAAGAAGAACAAUUACUUGAAAGAAAAAGUCAUUUAUCUGAUCUUGAAUAUGAAUUAGAAAAAUCUCGUAGUAAAGAAACAAAAUUAGAACGUUCAUUAGCAGAUGCUAUUACAAAAUUAGAACGUGAUCGAUUAAAAUUUCAAGUAAAUGAUAUUAAACAUGAUCCAGAUUCAAAUUCAAAUAAUUCAAAUAAUAAUACAGUUAUUAUUACUGAAAAUAGAUAUGCUGAUUUACAAGCUGAAAUUGAAGAAUAUAAAGAAUUAGCAGCUGGUCGUCUUGCUGAAUUAGAAAAAUUAAUGAGUGAUCAUGAAACAACAAAACGAGAAAUUGAAAUACUUAAAAAUCAACUUCGUUCAUUACCAGAAGAACUUAUAAAUGAAACACCUGAAUUUAAAUGUCUUCAAUCACGUUAUACAGCUUUAGUUAAUGAAAGUGUACAUCUUCGACAUCAAUUAACUGAUGCUCGAGAACUUGUUAAAUGUACAAAAACAACUUAUGAUCAUCAAUUUGAAAAAAUUGAACAAGAAGAAUUUGAAAAUCAACGUAAAUUAAUUGCUAAUAUCGAACAAGUUGUUGCUGAUUUAGCAGAAGCACGUCGUGAUUAUGAUCUUCUUCAAGUUGAAUAUGAAAAAGUUCUUAUUGCUAAUCAACAAUCAGUACCUAUAGCACGUGAAAUGCGAAGUUUAAUAAAUCAUUUACAAGCUCAAUGUAAAUUAUAUAGUUUAGAAGCAAGUCGUUGUAAAAAACAAUGUAAAGAAUUAGAAGAAGAAUUAACUAAACUUAAAGCAAAACAAGAAACAAUUAUAAGUAAUGGUCUUAAUACACAACUAAGUAUGAUUACAUCAGAACCAACAUCAGCUAGUUCAAUAAAUACAAUAAAUCAACCACAAUCACCAUCGAAUAAAGAUGAAAUAACAAAUCCAUUUGCAACAUCAACAGCAACUGUUAUUAAAAAUGAAAUAAUACAAAAAGAAGAAUCAACUGAAGGAAAUGAUGAUAGUCGUUUAGGUGAAAAUUCUCUAUUAGAUUUUGGUGAUGUAACGGAAGGUGAUUUAGAUGAUAGUUCAACAUCAAAUACUCUUUCACGUCUUUCAUCUAAUGCAAUGACAACAGAAGAUAAAGAUACGGAAAUACGUACACUUAAAAGUGAAAAUAAAAAAUUAUCGGAUGUUGUUAAAGAAUAUAAAAUAUUAUUAACUAUGUAUAGAAGUGCACCUAAAGAAACACGUGAUAAAGCGAAUUUAAUGACAUCAGAAAAGAAAUUACGUCAAGAACUUGAUGAAACUCGAAAUGAACUUAAAAAAGUUCAAAAUUAUGCAAAAACAUUACGAAAAAAAUGUAAUGAAGACGAAGUUCAAAAUAAAAUGCGAUCAUUUCAAGAAACAAUUCGUGAUCUUGAAAAAAAUUUAGAAACACGUAAACAAGAAGAAGCAGCAUUACUUAAUGAAAUUGAAGUAACAGGUCAAGCAUUUGAAGAUAUGCAAGAACAAAAUAGUCGUUUAUUAUCUCAAUUACGUGAAAAAGAUGAUGCUCAUAUUAAACUUAUGGUUGAACGUGUUAAAUUACAACAAUCACAAAAAAUUAUGUCGGAUGAAAAAACACUUUUAGCACAACAAACAAAUGUUUUACAAGAACAACUUGAUGCACAAAUAAUAAUGAAUCAAAAAUAUGAAGAAACAAUAGCAUUACUUCGUAAUAGUGUACUUAUACUUGAAAAAGAAUUAAGUAUGAUGCAUCAAACAUUAGAUGCUCAUAAACGAAAAACAAUUGAAAGUGCACAAACAUCAGCUGAUUUAAAACUUCAUCUUGAUCGUUAUCAUGCACAAUUAAAAGAAGUUCAAGAAUUAGUUGCUGAAAAAUCUGAAGCACUUGAACAACAAAAUUUUAAAAAUCGACGAUUACAAGAAGAAUUAAAAAAUUUAAAUAGAAAAUUAGAACGAAUGCGUAAAUUAGAAAUGGCAACAAAUAAAGAUGAAGUUUUAUUAGAAGAAAUACGUGAAUAUAAAGAAAUUCUUCGUUGUCCAGCAUGUAAAAAUAAACAACGUGAUGCAAUACUUUCCAAAUGUUUUCAUGUUUUUUGUUAUGAUUGUCUUAAAUCAAGAUAUGAUUCACGUCAACGAAAAUGUCCAAAAUGUAAUACAGCAUUUGGUCAAUCGGACAUGCAUAAAAUUUGGUUGGUCUAA